AUGCUGGAUCCUUCUAUGCCACCUACCUUGUUACCCUACGUACUCUACCACCGUCCCUACCGUGCCCUUGAAAACCGUCUCGUCUCGUCUCGCCUCGUCUCGUUUACUAGCAGGUUUCGAUUACCUGAGCUUAGAUUCACCUUUGCAAUAUGCGUCGUCACCGUCACUAUCAAGUGGAGAAUCCUCGCCUUCUACCGACUCAUCUUCCCUCAGAAGUGGUUCCGCUGGGCACUUCUAGGGGUUGCCGUCUUUGUGGGUGCUUGGAUGUUCACCACCGUCUUCGCCAUCAGUUUCCAGUGCAUACCUAUCGAGUAUAACUGGGACACGACGAUCGAGGGCGCCACUGCAUCAACAUCGGUUAGCUGCGCUCGCCACCAGCAUCCUGAAAGUCCUCACAGACAUGGCGAUCUUGAUCUUGCCCCUGCCACUAGUUUGGAAUCUCAACGUGUCGCACCAGAGACGGUUAGCCAAAAUGGGGAUAACGCGGGCUUCCUCGUCGCGUGCAUUCCUUCGUGCCCAGUGCUCCUCCACCGCGCCAUGGGCAAGACCGAGGUCUCCAAGCAGUCUAACCCUAGCAGCCGGAAGAAGACUCCCGGCGGCUCGGGACGAAGCGACGACUCCCGCCGAAGGCCCGUCGUAUCGUGGGACAGGAUCACCAACACGGACGAGAUCGAGCUGCUUAGCCAGACGCCAGCGAAUCACCGCUGGGAGCCGCUGCCAGAGAAGACCGACGGCCAUUACAAGGACGGUGACCACGCAAGUGCGGAGAUAAGAAAGGAGCCUGGAGUAGCUAUAUGACAAGGUAAAAAAG